AUGGCGGCAGAAGCAGCUGGUGGCAAAUACAGAAGCACUGUCAGCAAAAGCAAAGACCCCUCGGGGCUGCUCAUCUCUGUGAUCAGAACUCUGUCCACCAGCGAUGAUGUGGAGGACAGAGAAAACGAGAAGGGCCGCCUUGAAGAAGCCUAUGAGAAAUGUGACCGUGACUUGGACGAGCUGAUUGUGCAACACUACACGGAGCUGACCACGGCCAUCCGCACCUACCAGAGCAUCACGGAGCGCAUCAGCAACUCCCGGAAUAAGAUCAAGCAGGUGAAAGAGAACCUGCUCUCCUGUAAGAUGCUAUUGCAUUGCAAAAGGGAUGAGCUCAGGAAACUGUGGAUCGAGGGAAUCGAACACAAGCACGUCCUGAACCUGCUGGAUGAAAUUGAGAAUAUCAAGCAAGUGCCCCAGAAGCUGGAGCGGUGCAUGGCCAGCAAGCACUAUCUCAGUGCCACCGACAUGCUGGUGUCCGCAGUUGAGUCUCUGGAGGGCUCCCUGCUCCAGGUGGAAGGACUCAGUGACCUCAGACUGGAGCUGCACAGCAGGAAGAUGAACCUGCACCUGGUUCUCAUCGAUGAGCUGCACCGGCACCUGUACAUCAAGUCCACCGGCCGAGUCGGGCAGCGGAACAAGGACAAAGGGAGGCUGAGCUCUCUUGUGAAAGAUGCUUCUCCUGGGCCUCUCAUCGAUGUUACCAACAUCUCAACGCCUAGGAAGUUCCUUGACACCUCGCAGUAUUCUACUCCUGGAAGCUCAAGUGUGCGAGAGCUAAACCUGCAGGAGAUCAAGGAGGAUUUGGAACUGGAUCCAGAGGAGAACAGCCCCUUCUUCAUGGGCAUCCUCAUCAAGGGACUGGCCAAGCUGAAGAAGAUCCCAGAGACAGUGAAGGCCAUCAAGGAGCGCUUGGAGCAGGAGCUGAAGCAGAUUGUGAGGAGGUCUACCACGCAGGUGGCCGACAGUGCCUACCAGAGAGGAGAGAACCUCACUGGGGAGAACCAGCCAAGGCUACUUCUAGAGCUGCUGGAGUUACUCUUUGACAAGUUUAACGCCGUGGCCGCUGCCCACUCUGUAGUCCUGGGGUAUCUGCAGCAGAUGGUUGGGCCUUCCGUGACUCAUCAGGAAGAGAUCAAACUGUAUGACAUGGCAGAUGUAUGGGUGAAGAUCCAAGAUGUCCUGCAGAUGCUGUUGACUGAGUACUUGGACAUGAAGAAUACUCGGACAGCCUCGGAGCCAUCAGCUCAGCUAAGUUAUGGCAGCACUGGCCGCGAAUUUGCAGCCUUUUUUGCCAAGAAGAAACCUCAAAGACCCAAAAAUUCUCUUUUCAAGUUCGAGUCAUCCUCCCAUGCCAUCAGUCUGAGCGCCUAUUUGCGAGAGCAGAGAAGGGAGCUGUACAGUAGGAGUGGAGAACUUCAAGGGGGUCCUGAUGACAACUUAAUUGAAGGAGGAGGAACAAAGUUUGUCUGCAAACCCGGAGCCAGAAACAUUACAGUCAUAUUCCAUCCAUUACUAAGGUACGUCCGAUCCUGUGAACACCAGCUUUGCCUUCAUCCUACUAAACGAGCCCCUCUCCACGAAUUCUCUACUUUACUGAUAUUGAAUAUCUUGCUGCGAUCCCAUCUUUUCGAGGUGAAUAAAGAAGUUGAAGGAGAGACCCAACCCAGCUCCCCCCUGAAACUCCUCAUAAGUGCAUCAUAGAUGUUGCUUCUAUCUGUUUCCAGACCAUUAUUGGAAAGCGCUAUCAUUGUGGAGAAGACAGUACAAGACCUCAUGAACCUGAUGCACGACUUAAGUGCGUAUUCAGACCAGUUCCUCGACAUGGUGUGUAUGAAACUCCAGGGCUACAAGGACACCUGCACUGUGGCCUACAGGGGCAUUGUCCAAUCCGAAGAAAAACUUGUCUUCAGUGCAUCUUGGACAAAAGAUGAUGACAUCAGCAGACUUUUGAAAUCUCUACCGAACUGGAUUAAUAUGGCUCAACCCAAGCAGCUGAGGCCAAAGAGAGAAGAGGAAGAAGACUUCAUAAGGGCAGCCUUUGGCAAGGAGUCAGAAGUUCUUAUUGGGAACCUGGGCGAUAAGCUGAUCCCUCCACAAGACAUCUUGCGUGACGUCAGCGACCUGAAAGCCUUGGCCAACAUGCACGAGAGCCUGGAGUGGCUGGCAGGCCGAACCAAGUCCGCCUUCUCCAGCCUCUCUCCAUCACAAAUGUUGUCUCCUGGUCACGAGGGUCUCCCACCUGUGUCGGAGCAGAUCAUGCAGACUUUGAACGAGCUGGCCAAGUCUUUCCAGGAUAUGGCCGACCGCUGCCUGCUGGUCCUACAUUUGGAAGUCAGAGUUCACUGCUUCCACUAUCUCAUCCCUCUCACGAAGGAGGGCAACUAUGCGAUUGUGGCUAACGUGGAAAGUAUGGACUAUGACCCUCUGGUGGUCAAGCUCAACAAAGACAUCAGUGCCAUCGAAGAAGCCAUGAGCGCCAGCCUCCAGCAGCACAAGUUCCAGUACAUCUUUGAAGGCCUGGGACACCUCAUCUCCUGCAUCCUCAUCAACGGCGCCCAGUACUUCAGGCGCAUCAGUGAGUCCGGCAUCAAGAAGAUGUGCAGAAACAUUUUUGUUCUUCAGCAGAAUCUGACCAACAUCACCAUGGCACGGGAGGCCGACCUGGACUUUGCAAGGCAGUACUACGAGAUGCUGUACAACACAGCCGAUGAGCUCCUGAAUUUGGUUGUGGACCAAGGUGUGAAGUACACGGAGCUGGAGUACAUCCAUGCCCUGACCCUGCUACACCGCAGCCAGACCGGGGUCGGGGACCAGACCACCCAGAACAUGAGGCUACAGCGCCUCAAGGAGAUCAUCUGCGAGCAGGCUGCCAUCAAGCAGGCCACCAAGGACAAGAAGAUAACCACCGUUUAG